AUGCACGUCGUUCCUGAUCGGCCCCGUGCCUCUUCGGAGAACCCGGUCGACGUGGCUCGAGGCCGUGCGGAGGAUUUCGUGGCGGAAACCGACAUCCCCCGAGUUGCGAGGCGGCACCGUGACUUCAUCGGUGGCACACCUCCCCGCUCGACCCGACCGCUGCCGACUUCCACCGAUGGGGAUGCGCGAAGGACAAGCCCGCCAGCCACCCCGACUCAGCCGGAGACGAGAGGAUACCUCCACACUGCUCCUCCACACUGCUCCUCCACACUACUCCUCCACACUACUCCUUCCCCCUUCGCGAGGAUCCUUUUUGGCGGUGCGACUGCGAAUGUGUCGGUCGUGAUGUUCCUCCUGAUUCCCGUUCUCCUGCUGCCGGUGCUGGCAGGGGCCCAGCAGAACCAUGCACUUCUGGAAAAUCUCCUGAAAAACUACGACCGGGACACCCCGCCCAAAGUUCCGAUGAACGUGGACAUCGGCGUGCAUCUCAUCAGCAUCCCGGAAGUGGAUUACGAGGAUCAAAAAGCCCGGCUUGAGGUGUUCUACCGUGCCUACUGGAACGACAGCCGGCUCCGGAUAUCCGGCCCCCAGGAGAUCAAGACCACGGACCAGGACAUGAUCGACGGGAUCUGGAAGCCCGACCUCUUCUUCGUGAACGCACUGGAGACGAAAGUCCACAAGUACCCGUCGAACCAGGAGGCCAUCUCCGUCAGUGCCGGCGGGAACGUGGUCUACUCGCGAAGGCUGUCGGUGACGGUGGAAUGCGAGCGAGAGGACGCGACCUAUUACCCGUUUGACAGCCUCAAGUGUUGGCUCGACACCGAACCCUUUUCCAGCACCCGGGAGAACCUGCGACUGAAUUACCGGAAGGCCGACUACAGCGGAGAGGUGAAAGGGCAGGAGUCCUACGUCAAGGAGGUCGGGGGACAGGUCGCGGAGAUCCAAGUGCCGUCGGGGGAGAGGUAUUCGAGGGUGUCGGUGAUCGUCGAUAUCGGGAGAUACCCGGGUCGGUACAUCGUGAAGGCCGUCGUGCCGUGCUACGCCGCUGUUCUCAUCGCCUAUACCACGUUCUGGCUCAACAAGGGCGCGAUGGUGGAGAGGAUGCUGGGCUGCGUCCUCAUGAUGAUCGAGGUCUUUACCACUGCCGGUCAUGCUCACCACGACAUGGACAAAAUGGCUGUGACCACCGCAAUGGACUGGAAAGUCUACAUCUCCUUUGCCUUCGUCCUGGCUGCCUAUUUGGAGUCCCUCGUCAUCUGUAUCCUCGAGAGGCGCAACAAGGGGGCGGGCCCGGAGACGCCUCAGCUGGAUGUCAUCUCCAGGAUCGCCUUCCCCAUCGCCUACCUCCUCUUCGUCGUCAUCUUCUGGAUCGCCUGCCUCGCUUAGAGAUGGAUGUUAGUGGGGUUGCAGUGUAGGUGGAUGGGGUUGCAGUGUAGGUGGGUGGGGUUGCAGUGUAGGUGGAUGAGGUCGCGUGAAGGACUUCCUAUUUCUAGGCCGAUUAUUUCUCUUGCCCCUUUGAUGUCUCGUGACUGUGGCGCUCGGUUCAAGAAUGUCUGGGUGGGGGAGGCUUUGGGAGGGUGCCAGAGGCCGUGCCAGCUCCUUUCUCUUUUGUGUGUUCGGUGCCGGAUUUUCUUCUCUUGCGUGAUGAGCGACGUGAAUGUGAUUUUUGUCGAUGAAUAAAAGAACGGC